ACUGCAAGUCUGCGACCAUUUCUUCCACUCCAAGCUGAAGCAACCGACGGCGCAUGCCCCAUAAGAACGAACCAGCCCACCCGCCUGACCCCACCCGCUGACACGCCACGCCGCACAACCGCAGCGCCCAAAUCCCCCAAAACCCUAGCUCGAGUGGGGGAGUAGAGAGAGAGAGAGAGAGAGGGAGAGAGGAGGCGCGCGCAUGGCGGGUGUGACGGCGCCGGCGGCGGCAGCGAACCUGGCCGGCAAGUCGGGCGUGCGGGUGGUAGUGAUCGGCGACAUCGGCACCGGCAAAUCCAGCCUCAUCGUCGCCCUCGCCACCGAGCAGUUCCCCGAGAACGUCCCCCGCGUCAUGCCCCCCACACGCCUUCCCGCCGACUACUUUCCGGACCGCGUCCCCAUCACCAUCAUCGACACCUCCUCCAGCCCCGACCAGAAGCCAAAGCUGAUCGCGGAGUGCCAGGCGGCGGAUGCGGUGGUGCUCACGUACGCCUGCGACCGGCCCGCUACGCUGGAGCGGCUCAGCUCCUUCUGGCUCCCCGAGCUCCGGCGCCUCCAGUUGAAGGCGCCAGUGAUCGUGGUGGGGUGUAAGCUGGACCUGAGGGAAGAGCAGCAGGUUAGCCUUGAGCAGGUCAUGGCGCCCAUCAUGCAGUCGUUCCGCGAGAUUGAGACAUGCAUUGAGUGCUCCGCUCUUCGCCAGAUCCAGGUGCCUGAGGUCUUCUACUAUGCACAAAAGGCAGUGCUUCACCCAACAGCACCUCUCUUUGAUCAAGAGGCGCAAUCUCUCAAGCCACGCUGUGUUAGAGCUUUGAAGCGGAUAUUCAUAAUAUGUGAUCAUGACAAGGAUGGUGCUCUCAGUGAUGUGGAACUCAAUGAAUUUCAGGUCAAAUGUUUUAGUGCUCCUCUCCAACCUACUGAAAUUUCAGGCGUGAAGAGAGUUGUUCAAGAGAAGAUGCCUGAAGGCGUAAAUGAAAAUGGACUUACCUUGACUGGGUUCCUUUUUCUUCAUGCUCUUUUUAUUGAAAAAGGUCGACUGGAAACUACAUGGACAGUAUUGAGGAAAUUUGGUUAUGAUAAUGACCUUAAGCUUAGGGAUGAUCUCAUUGCAACGCCAAUUAAAAGAGCUCCUGAUCAAACUCUGGAAAUGACAAAUGAAGCGGUUGAUUUCUUGAGAGGAAUAUUUAACAUGUUUGACACUGAUAAUGAUGGAGCUUUACUACCUGCUGAGCUGGAGGACCUUUUUUCAACAGCUCCUGAAAACCCAUGGUCUUCUGUCAAAGACUGUGCUGAAAAGAAUGUCUUGGGUGGGUUGUCACUUGAAGGAUUUCUCUCUAAGUGGGCUCUUAUGACACUUCUAGAUCCAGCAAAUAGUUUUGCCAACCUUGUAUAUGUUGGCUAUCCGGGUGAGUUUGGUUCAGCAUUUACCAUCACAAGGAAAAGACGAGUGGAUCGUAAAAAGCAACAAACUCAAAGAAAUGUGUUCCAGUGUUAUGUUUUUGGCGCCAGAGGUUCUGGAAAGACUGCAUUGCUACAAUCAUUCAUUGGAAGGCAACCUUCUGAUGCUCUGCCAACUAACAGUGAGCGGUUUGCAACAAAUACUGUUGAACUGCCUGAUGGGGCAAGAAAGACGCUUAUACUACGAGAAAUUCCUGAAGGUGAUGUCAGAUCGUUACUGGCUAAGAAGGAAUCAUUGGCACCCUGUGAUGUAGCAGUAUUUGUUUAUGAUAGUUGUGAUGAAUAUUCUUGGCAAAGAGCAAGAGAUUUGCUUGUGCAAGUGGCCACACAUGGAGAAAAUACUGGCUAUGAAGUUCCUUGCCUGAUAGUUGCUGCAAAAGAUGAUCUUGACCAAUCUCCACAAGCUCUACAAGAAUCAACCAGAGUGAGCCAAGACAUGGGAAUCGAAACACCAAUUCCUAUCAGCGUGAGAUUGAGAGACUUAAACAACAUUUUCUGCAGAAUAGUUCAUGCAGCACAGCAGCCCCAUUUGAGCAUUCCAGAGACUGAAGCCGGAAAAACACGCAGGCAAUACCGUCAACUUCUAAACCGUUCCCUCAUGGUCGUCUCGGUUGGAGCUGCUGUUACAGUUGUGGGAAUAGCUGCUUACCGGGUUUAUGCAGCUAGGAAGAACACAUCUUCUUGAAGCUCCUCCCGGACAGUGGGAGAAUAAAGUGCUUCCCGCAGCUCACUCCCCGACAUCUGCUGGAUCGUCUAUUCAUGCCUGUUGAGCUUCACUGCUUGAAUUUCUGCCCCGCGAAAGACCUCCGUUUUGUACAGAUACGUCAUCAGCUAUAAAUCCUGCGCCUAGUGGGGAUUUCAGAUUCUAUAAUUCAGGACUGUUGCCCAGCUCUGUUUAUUGCAGCAUCUGAUAGGCUGCUCUGACUAAAUUAGCUCUGUUAAAACAUUUUAACUUAGCAUAAAUUUUGCCUGCUUAGCAUUUACUUGCACUAGUCUACUAUUGGAAUUCUGUCUAGACGGGACUGCUGAAUGCUUGAACAUUUUGUUGAGCCACCAUGGUUGGUGCCGUGCCAAGUAUCCGUUUGGUUCGGAGUAUAAGCUGGAUUUGAUCUAGUGGAUUGUUAAUGUAA